AUGCUGGUCACCGUGUACUGUGUGCGAGGGGACCUCUCCGAGCUAACCUUCUCCCUCCAGGUCAGCCCUGACUUCGAGCUGCACAAUUUCCGCGUCCUCUGCGAGCUGGAGUCCGGCAUCCCCGCCGCGGACACCCAGAUCGUCUACAUGGAGAGGCUCCUGGAGGACGACCGCGGCUCCCUGGGCUCCUACGGCCUCAAGGACGGCGAUGUGGUGGUUUUGCUUCAGAAGGAGAACACGGGGCCUCGGCCUUCGGGCCGGGCUUCAAGCCAGCCUCGAGUAGACUUCCCCGGGAUAGCCAUGCCCGGGCCAUCCAGCUCCAGGCACCCGCACCACCACCACCAGCAGCGCGCACCGCCGGCCCAGCAGUCCCGUGGCCUGGACUCCGGAGAGAUGACAUCUGCUCAAGGCCUGGACAGCCCUGCCUUGAUUCGAAGCAUGCUGCUCUCCAACCCCCACGACCUGUCCCUGCUCAAGGAGCGCAACCCCCCCCUGGCCGAAGCCCUGCUCAGCGGAAACCUGGAGACAUUUUCCACGGUCCUGAUGGAUCAGCGAAGGGAAAGGGCCCUGCGAGAGCAAGAGAAGCUUCGCCUCUACUCUGCGGACCCAUUUGAUUUGGAAGCUCAGGCGAGAAUCGAAGAAGAAAUCCGGCAGCGAAACAUCGAGGAGAACAUGAACAUAGCGAUGGAAGAGGCUCCCGAGAGCUUUGGCCAAGUGGCCAUGCUCUACAUCAACUGCAAAGUGAACGGACAUCCCAUGAAGGCUUUUGUUGACUCAGGCGCGCAGAUGACUAUCAUGAGCCAGGCCUGUGCUGAGAGAUGCAACAUCAUACGGCUGGUGGACCGACGGUGGGCCGGGAUUGCCAAAGGCGUGGGCACCCAGAGGAUUAUCGGCCGAGUUCAUCUAGCUCAGAUCCAGAUCGAAGGCGACUUCUUGCAGUGCUCUUUCUCUAUCCUGGCGGAGCAGCCCAUGGACAUGCUCCUAGGGCUAGAUAUGCUCAGGCGACACCAGUGUUCCAUUGACCUGAAGCAGAACGUGCUGGUGAUCGGCACCACUGGCACGCAGACCCGCUUUCUUCCCGAGGGAGAGUUACCCCCGUGUGCCAAGCUGGUAAUGGGUAAUGGGCAAGAAGAGUCUUCAGACAAAGAAGCAGCAGCUACUAUCAAACAUCCGGUCAUGGAUUCAGGACGAAAAAAGCGUUGA